AAUUUUGCAAAAUCAUUUUAAAUUAUUCUUUUAUAUAUAAUGAGCACACUACAUGAAUAUUUCCUGAAAAUCUAUAUUAUUUUUAAUAGAAAUCAAAUUUAAAGUUUGAAUUUUUAGAACCGCACCAAAAACGCUAUUCCUGUGAUGGCGCCGGCAGAUGACGUCUGAUCACGAGCUGUCAGCCGAAGUUAAUUUCAUUAUUGUGCUUGAUUUUGCUAUAAAAUCAUAGAUAAAAUGGUCUAUAAAUGGUGUGUAAUGCCAAAAUGUAUGAAUACGUGUAUAAAUAGUCCACAAACAUUGUUUGUUUCUGUUCCAACCGAUUGUGAAAGACGAAAAAAGUGGUUACUAUCAGCUCGGAGAGACCCAAAGGGCAUUUCAUCGACUUCAAAUGUAUUUAUGUGUGAAUAUCACUUCGAUGUAAGUAUAAAUUGAAUAUGUUAUCUACUAGGUAGCUUAAAUUACCGCUUUUUUUAAGAUUGAAAUAAUAUAUAACUAUCUAUAACCUCAAAUGUAUCUUUGGUUAUGUUGAGGAUCAGUCAGUGUUGAAGAUCCUGUUUAUUAACCCUAAACUUAUUACUCUGUAGGGUUUCAAAAUGUUUUCUGUUGUUUUGAUUAUAUUAGCUACCUACAUAUCUCAAUAAUUUUCUAUGCUGUGUCAUUUUACCUACUUUGCUUAUUAGAUAGUGAUAGUUAUGUUGAAUUGCAGAUGGAAAAAGACACCAUUAACUACAUGCAGUACAAAAUGGGUUUCAGCAAGAAGAUACUUUUGACAGAAGAUGCUGUGCCAACAAAAUUUCAUUGUCAAGAAGAUCGUAAAAGACCACUGUCUGAUGCUGGACUUUCUCGAGGAGCAUAUGUCAAGAGGAAAAGAAUGGAUUUGGUCAACACAUGUUUGCAAAGUCAAAAUGCUACUGAAGCCCAAGCUGAAAGCUUACAAAAAGAUGAGAGUUUGAUACAAGACAUUAUUGAACCUCAAGGUUUAUCAAGAACUCAAGACAGAGAAACUAUUACCAACUCUAUCAUAACUGCAGAAAAAUCUGUGCAUGUAACAAUAAAAGAGAGUGUGCAUCAUAGGAGCAAAUCUGUGCAAACAAGAUGCCAGACUUCAAGUAUUUCUACCUCACCAAUGAAAGUUUCUACAUCUCGUUCCACUUCGCCCUUUAAGAUUAAACCAUGCAGUCUUCGACCAUCACAGUCUGAAAUUGUCAAAGUCAAGAGAAAUGUUUUUCUUGAAGAUGAAAAGUCAGAUAGUGAUAUUUCCUGUAUUGAAAGUGGUCGUCAUUUAUCACCUUUUGUAACUAAAUCAGCAUCAUCAUCAUCAGGGCUUACCGACUCUGAUAGUAAUGUUACAGAUGCCAAUGAGAAUAUUGAAAAAUUAGAGUGCCUCAAAAUUACUAUGCGUUCAAUCUCUAAAAAACCAAUGAUGUAUGUUGGUAUUCCAAAAGAAUGUUAUUUCUUAAUCAAAUUGUUACAUAAACACACAAGCAUAAAAGUAGAACACAUUUUGCUAUGCUUGAAAAAGAUUAGAAUGAACAGUACAUUUUCUGAACUGGAGGAUAAUUUUGGAAUAAUUAUUGCUAGUAAAUUGUUUCUACAAAAUAUACCAAUAAUAGCUAGUGUUUUAAGACCAUUCAUUGUAAAAUAG